AUGCUGCCACCGGCGGUGUUGAUCCGAGGGCUGGUGUAUUAUCUUCGCUACCGUCAAACAUCAGCUCCCGUGGGUGACACAGCCGAAAUGCUUACGGUUGCCUACCAAGCUGACGUCGUUCUGUAUGACCUCCCCAUUGCCAUUUGCACUUGUCUUGGACUCCCAGUCCCUAAGAACGCUCAGUUUGCCGAUACAGUGUUGGUGAUCGUGGAAGGUAUCGUGAAGCAGGCUAUCACCAAUGGUGACGAGAAUGUCAUGAAUUUACUAUCGGGCAACGGUAUCGCCAACAAGUCCUCGACUACAGUGGAUGACCUCGAAGAUUUAGUGGCCAAGAACUCAAGUUGCGGCUGGGAGCUCAAGCGUCUCACGGAUCGCGUGACUCGCGCUGUCCUCAAAUAUCGCAAUGCGAGCAGUGAGGUCGACGACAUCCGAGUGAAGGUGUACAAGUCGUCGAUUGUACUGAACGAUAUCCCAAUUGUCACGAACAACUGCAUGGGUGAACUCCUGGCCUCGAAAAAAAGAACAGCGGCGUAUGAGACGCGUGACCUAUUGCGAAAGACGUUUGGAGUGAUCGUUGAUCAGCUCAUUGAAACUGGCAAGACAGACAAAGGCAAAGACGUGGCAGAAGACGAUUAUAUGCUGGAAGUGGCCAAUAUGGGUCUGGUUGUGCUCUCAACGAUCGACCCGACAGGUAUCGCGUACAUGGCUUCACAAUUCGUGCAGCCCAUUUGCGGACCUACCGCUUAUGUGGGCGAGAUUGACGAUGGCACAUUACACGACGCUUUGGGACUUAAGACGGUGGAUGAAGCAUUUGUAGGUAGCUACGGCUCCUACACACACGCGGGUGAUGGCGUUGUUCACCUCAUUUUUGAGAGUGUUGAUACCAAGGAUGUGACGGUUGUAGUCCAUUCGGGUGGAGAUGGAUAUACAAAGGUCGACAUUGGAGCUGGUGAUGUCACGACGUGGGACGCUACAUUCCCGGAGCUGGAGGACAAGACUCUGUACUUAGAUCGUUGGCGUCCUGGUCUGUUUGGUUUGCCCGGUAAGGGCGGUGGCUCAUUACUGAUGUGGAUCCCGCGAUCUUCCGAAGGAGGUCAUAUCACCAUGCACGUGCGGAUCAACCCAUCUUAG